CCGGGGUUUUGCCGACACCCGAACUUUUCGAAGCGCGCAUCAACCACGGCGACACUUUGGGGUGGUGCAUCUUGAGCCGCAUCGGACGUCCUCCCCUUUUUCUUCGUACCCACGGAGCCAAUUCCUUCUUAACAUGGCGGGCGGACACAUGAAGUACCGCGCCCUCAGCCGGUCGUCGGCACACCGACAGGCGCUCUUGCGCAACCUCGUCACAUCGCUGUUCAAGCACGAAUCGAUAGCAACAACAUGGCACAAGGCGAAGGAGGCGCAGCGGUUAGCAGAGAAGCUGAUAACGUUGGGCAAGAAGAACACAGAGGCGUCGCGACGGAGAGCCCACCAGAUCUUCUAUGAACCAAACGACAUGGUGCCCAAGCUCUUCGGCCCCAUAAGAGAGCGCUAUCUCACCCGGCCCGGAGGUUACACACGCGUCCUGCGCAUUGAACCCAUGAAGGAAGACCAGGCCGAAUCCGCCAUCCUCGAGCUCGUUGAUGGACCCAAGGACAUGCGCUUCGCCAUGACUGCGAAGACACUGGCGCGCCUGUCGCCCAACAAGCAGCUCAAUGACACGACAGCGAAGAACGUGAAGCGUGUCACACAGUUCCGCGAGGACGGCAUGAGCCAGCUGCAGGAGAUGGUCGAACAGAUGCGCAUUGAGAAGGACGAGGGUAUCGACGACCGAGUCCUGCCCGCGCCCAGGAAGGUGUACCCGGAUAUCAGCAUGAAUAGGGAUAUGCGCUAUCCAGAGGAGGUCCCCGACUGGAAGUUCCCCAACCCUUUGCCAAAAAAGCAAGUCAAGAAGGAGGUGCAGGUUGUGGAGCCCGAGGAAGACUUCGUCAUUGCGGAAAAGAGCCUUGGGAAAGAGGUGAGCGCGUAAACUCAUAUGCCAUAUCUGUACUAUACCAAUGUUCACAUAUCACGCGCGGCACUACCAUGCGUGCGCGCUUCCUCACUUUCACGGGCGGUGAAUCUUUCAAAGCGGGCUUUCACUUAUGAAGCUGAGGUGCACUAGAGGCUCUAUAAGCCAUCAACUGCCCCACUUGCCAGCUCUGAUCUCAUUUCCACACGAACAGCCUC